AUGGCAUUACAAGAGCUGCCGUCCGCUAUGCGGCAAUUGGCAAAUAGACAUGCUCGGUCGACUGCAGUGGCUAUCGGGCAAUUCCCCCGUCGAUAUGCAUCGGGGCAGGCUGCGGCAGUCCAGGAGGUCUCGGAAGACUUGCAAGACCUUGAACCUCAAUCCUCCCUCUCGACGAGGUUCUCACCAAAGAAAGCUGCAGGAUUUGACCCCGUAAAGCGGGCGGAAGGCCGCAAGAUAGAGCUUCCCUCCAGUCGAUACCAAUAUCGAUCCCCAAGAUACUAUCGAGGCCCGCUGCAUCCUCAUCAACCUCCUCCAACAUCAGAUCCUGCCUCGCGCCAAUUUGUGCCUGGCCCGUUUUCUCAUACCCGGCUCGAACAAACCUUCCAAUCUACCAUUGCAUCGGAUCUCAUGACCCUAGGGUAUGCUCACAGGCCUCCCGGAACCGUCGACAUUCCAAAAUCAGAUCGUUUACGAACAUGGGACGACUCCUCUCCAUACCACAAGAACAGGCCAAAGCGCGGGCCUAGAGGCCCAGAGGGUGUUCUCCGAUUGAUAGAGCGAGAUAUCAGCUGGCGCAAUAUUCCAAAAAUUCAGGGCGUGACGGUUCACAGCAUGGUCAAGGGGGCAAUGGAUGAUUCUGCAUAUUUGCAUAUCGCCGGGAUGGCACUCCAAGCCGUGACUGGAGUAAAACCAAAAGUUUUCAAGGCGACGCAGGGUGUAGCUAGUUUUGGAAUUCGUCAGGGGAUGCCAAUCUCGUUGACUUGCACUCUACGCAAUAACCAAGCCUACGAGUUUGUUGACAAAUGUAUAAAUCUCGUGCUUCCAAAAUUGAAGGAUUGGGAAGGUGUUGAGGGAACAACCGGUGAUAGUAGCGGUAAUAUCAGCUUCGGAUUCAACAGAGACGGCGCAUUGUUGUUCCCUGAAAUCGAGGUCAACUACGAUAUGUAUCCGCCAAAGAUGAUUCCAGGUUUCCACGUUACCAUCCAUACUUCUGCGACCUCUGAUCGACAUGCAAGGCUCCUUCUUAGCGCAAUGGGUUUGCCCUUCCACGGAAAGCUGGUGGACUAG